UCCUGCACCCUUGGAGGAGGCAGGCGUGCACAGAACCCUCUGAGGACUGGGGCUGCAGCAUCAGGGCUGCCAUCCUGCAGAGAUACAGAAUCCAACAGCAUGGGCAAUGGCCCGUGUGAAGCUGGAUAAACCAAAGGAGUGGCAGCUUUGUAAUAAACCUGCAGAUUGUGUGCCUCCAGCAAGGAACAAAUUAAAAGGAAAAACAAACACAACUGUCACAUCAGAACCAUCUCCCAUUACCUCGAACCUUUCCAAUUACCAACAUCUCCAAAAGCAAUUAUUCCAAUUCUGAACUGUAAAUCCACCUGAACGCUUUUUAUGAAUUAAUCCUGAAUUUUGAAAAGGUUGCACCGUAUUUAGAUGGGAGUGAUGAGAACAGGCGGAGACGUGAUUAAAUCUGGUUUGUUGAUCUUAUGAAUCCCAAAAUGAAACAGCAACUGACCGCGGAGAAGUCCUCAGGAUCUUUGCAGAAGUACCUCACAGAUACCACAUGCAGUGCUGCCCCAAGACAGACUCUUAAAAUGAUUCAGCCUUCAGCAGCAGGUAGCCUGGUUGGCAGACGUAAUGAGAAGAAAUCUUCAGUCAGAAGGAAACUCUGGAAUAACAAAAUUGCCUCAAAGGCUUGUAAAGCUGAGGUGUCUGUGGACAAGGAGCAAGAAAAUGAGAACGAUGUCAUUCAGGCUGAAGAUCUCAUGAAAGGAAGUCCUUCAUCUCAGUAUUGGAAAGAACUGGCUGAAGAGAGGAGGAAGGCUCUGUAUGAAGUGCUUCAAGAAAAUGAAAAGUUGCACAAAGAAAUCGAGCAGAAGGAUGGUGAAAUUGCCCGCCUAAAAGAAGAAAAUGAGGAGCUCAUGUCCCUUGCUGAGCAUGUGCAUUAUAUGACCAGUGUGAUUGAGAGGCUAACUGGGCAAGCACCUGACAGCCUUGAGACACUGGAGAGUCUGGCUCUAGAGGAAUCCAGGCAGGAAAAUGAGGAGCAUAACUGUGGAGAUGAGGCAGACAGCCCUUCUGAAGAACAGCCAUCACAAGUAUUGUCUGGCUUGAGGGAGAAUAGAUCAGCUCUUCCUUCAAAGGAAGCAGGCCAUUUGCAACUGGAAUGACAACCUUUAAAUAGGGUUAUGUACGUGGCUUUUAAUUGCAGACUUCCUCUUGAAAGGAUAUACUAAACCUCAGGUAUAGAAACUCUUGUGGGAACAUUACAGAUGCUGGUAUUUUUAACUGGAAUUAUGUAGCAGUGGGAGAAGUAUCUGAAUACUGCAUGGAAAAUUUACUACAGGCUGCAUGUAGUUGCUUGUAUGAAACACAAAUACUGUGUAUUUCAACUGUUGUGUAAAUAUCUUUCUUAUCAGUUGGUCUGACACAUGAAAAUUGAUAAAUAAAUCUUUGCAUUACCAAAA